CGUCUAGACCUGGUUAUCCACCCGGUGUGCCGCAAAAUAUGCCGCAACAGCAACGAUUUCCUCAACAAGGUGGACCAAUGGGACCACCAUUUCAACAACCAGGGGGUUAUCCUAGUGGACCACGGCCAUCAUAUGGCCAGCCCGGCCCUGGUCAGCAGAUGGGAGGUGGACCCCCAAGGAUGGGAAUGCCUGGGCCGAUGCAUGGUCAGCCUCCGAUGCAGCAUAGCCCGUAUGGUGGCCCGAAAGGACCGAUGCCGGGCGGCAUGAUGCCCGCAAGGAUGCCAAAAUCUGCCUCCACAAGCAGUCCCUCAGGGAAAGCAAAGAAGGAGCGAAAACAGGAUCCCGAUAAGGAUAAAGACCCGUCUAUGCACAGAAUGGGGAGUGCAAUGGAGCGAAAACGUCAGGCCCAGGAGAUGCGUGCUCACCAGCAACAGUUGAGUAAAGCACCGAAAAAGAAGAAAAAGGUUGCAGACAAGAUUCUUCCGCAACGUGUGCGAGACUUGGUCCCCGAGUCUCAAGCAUACAUGGAUUUGUUAUCGUUCGAGCGCAAACUUGACUCGACGAUUAUGAGGAAGAGAUUGGACAUACAGGAGGCGCUGAAACGACCAAUGAAAGUGAAGAGAAAGUUACGGAUCUUUAUUUCGAAUACAUAUUUCCCGGCGAAGCACGACACGGAGGCCAAAUCGGAAGGGGAUGAAAAUGUACCGUCGUGGGAGCUGAGGGUCGAAGGGAGAUUACUGGAUGAUCAAUACAGCAAUGCCAGCAAGUCAACGGACCAGAGCAAAGUCAAACGCAAAUUCUCGUCAUUCUUCAAGAGUUUGGUGAUCGAGCUCGAUAAGGAUCUGUACGGACCAGAUAACCACCUGGUUGAGUGGCAUCGGACACCCUCCACGCAGGAGACUGAUGGGUUUCAGGUGAAGCGUCCGGGAGAUCAGAAUGUCAAAUGUACAGUCUUACUGAUGUUAGAUUACCAGCCGAUGCAGUUCAAACUCGAUCCCCGUCUGGCCCGGCUGCUUGGAGUUCACACACAGACGAGACCAGUCAUCAUUAACUCUCUGUGGCAGUACAUCAAAACACAUAAACUUCAAGAUCCACAUGAGAGAGAGUACAUCAACUGUGACCAGUUUCUUUUGCAGAUCUUCGAGUGUAGCCGGAUGAAAUUUGCCGAGAUUCCCCAGCGACUUCACCCCCUGCUGAUGCCACCAGACCCAAUCGUUAUCAAUCACAUCAUCACUGUUGAGGGUCCUGAUUCCAAGAAGACAUCUUGCUAUGACAUUGAUGUUGAAGUGGACGACACAUUGAAGCAGCAGAUGAAUUCCUUCUUGUUGUCAACACAGAGUCAACAAGAAAUUGCUAAUCUCGAUAAUAAGAUUCAUGAGACCGUUGGCACAAUCAACCAACUGAAGACAAAUCGUGACUUCCUCCUUGGGUUCGCCAAAGAUCCACAACAGUUUAUAAACAACUGGCUCCUCUCUCAGAACCGAGACUUGAAGACGAUGACCGAUGUUGUUGGUAAUCCGGAGGAGGAGAGGAAAGCUGACUACUUCCAUCAGCCGUGGGCCGGCGAGGCCGUGUGUCGCUAUUUCUACGGGAAAGUCCAGCAGCGCCGGGUCGAGUUGGAACAGGCGCUUGGAAUCCGCAAUACAUAAACAGACGAGAGUAAAUAAAAGAUUGGAAUAAAUAUGCUGCCACUUUGACUAAAUACAGCUGAGGCCUUUCAGUUGCAUGGUGUUCACUUCACUAAGGUUAAAGGGGGCGCUGUUUCAGUGUUUGUGAUGACUGGUGGUCCGAGGAAAUAAAAAUGCUGUUAUUCACACUGCCGGAGUGAAGUUUUUGUGCGAAUUUGCUGAAAUUGACAACGUCAUUGAUAUAGUAAUUGUAUAUCUGUCGUCACAAUGGCAAUGCUAAAAGUUAUUGCUACAUGAUACGCAGAAGCAAAUUUUCAAUUCAAAUACAAAUUCAAUUUUUUUCAUGAACUGUAUUUGCCUUUAACAGUUAAAGGGGUGCCACAUGUCCUUAAUUCAGACCAAAAAAUAUUGUUUUUAGCGAUAACUGCCCCCCUCCCUGCCCCCGAAGCAUUUUCUGCAUCUCAAAAGGCGUUAUUCUGCUAUUAUAAGGUAAACUCCUAAGUAUAGCUCCUACAGUGUAGAACACUGAUGGAUGCAUUCGAAGGUCACACAGGGCCUAUAAUUGUACCAUACCUGAUAUGUAAUUUGGGCAUCUUGAGGUCACGAUGUAUGUAUGUUGUUUUUGUAUUCAUUCUUGUAAAAAAAUAUUGAAUAAACUUUCAUAA